AUGCUAAUAUUGACCAACCUUAGUGCGCCUCGUGCCGUCAUCGGAAGGAACAGGUGCGGUGCGACCGACGGGAUCCUUGAUGUCGCUUCACCGUAUUCCCAGCCCUCGACUAUCGCGGUCUCAGCACCGAAGGCGACCAUGAUCCGAUCGCCGGACGCCCUUAGUAACGGUGGCAAACGGAACCAACCUUCAGAGUCAGAGUUGGAGGGCGAGUCAUCGCUUUUCACGCAAGCUGGGCACGCGACCAAGUUUCUUCAGGAUGCCGUUCAGAGCGAGCAUGCCAUGCACGCAGCCUCGCCCGAGGCUUUGCAGGCUCUUGACACGCUUCGUGAGGCGAGCGAAACGCGAGGCAUGGUCGUGCCUGGGGACUCGGUCGGUAACAUGUACCCACAUGCAACGCCGUCGUUGCGCGGUUCGGGGGUCGGCGACAAUGGACCGAGGCCCAUGCCCCCGAUAGAGAUGGCCGUGGCAUGUUUGCGGAAGCUGAAAACCAACCCUCGCGUCAAGUUUUUCUGGGCUCUAGAGUUCCAGUCCACGGGCGAAUUCAUCGAACACCUUCUCACGGUAUAUUCGACCGAUCAAGCUACCGUUGCCGACCACAUCAUUGUCAAUGCGGGCCUUUACUGGCUUCUCGUCGAAUGCAGUAAUAUAGUAGAUAGCCAGGCGCUGACCACCGAGUACACGAGGCAGUCGAAAGCUUCGUACAUGCUCGAGCGGUGCAAGCCAUCAGUAGCCUGGGGGUUCAUCGUCGCUGCCUCACACAAGAGCCAGCUGCUCGGCUUCCACAGAUUGGCCACUCCGGGCCGCGCGCGAGCAGCACCCAAGAAACGCAGCACGCGGAUCUUCUGGGUCAUCUACAUUACAGAGAAGAUGCUUUCUCUCAGGCUGGGGCGUCCAUCAACCAUACGGGACAUCGAUAUUAGUGUGCAGCUGACAGCUGACGUGCUCGACUCGGACGGCGCCGUGCUUCCCAUUCCGGCGAGAUGGGUUCACAUCGCGCAGCUGCACGGGAAAGUGUACGAAGAGAUCUACAGCCUAAGCGCGCUGGGACAGGCCGAAGGUGUCAGAAUCAUUCGGGCCAAGUCGCUGGCAGAUGAGCUUUUUAGGGUUUAUCAUGCCCCAUCCCCGUCUGAGACUUGCCUCGAGGUUGCGAGGCGCCAGGCUCUUGGGGAGUCGCUGCAUGAGCUAUUCACGCGGGCGUUCCACGUCUCAUACCUGUCACUGUUGACGCUCAUCUACCGCGGCAUCCCAACGGACGGUGCAGCAGGGAAUGUCGCAUUCUGCGAUGAGUGCAUUGUGACGGCUCGACAGGCGAUGGAGGAGCACGGUCGUUGUAUUCGGCUGUUGAGGGAGCAGACAGACAAUGUGCAUGCGUUCUACAUCUCCUGGAUACUUCUCAUGUCUCCCUUCGUCCCGUUUACCGUACUCUUCUGCCACGUGAUCCAGACGUCCGAUCCAACCGACCUCGAGCACCUAAAGUCCGUGGUCGAGGUCUUGCAAUCGAUGCCCGCCAGCUACGUGGAGACGUACAGCAAGCAGCACCGGCUGUUCAAGCACUUCUAUGACGUUGCAUGUCGGUACGUCGAGGUCAAGGCGAGCGCGCGGGAGACCCACCCGGAUGGCAGUUUCGAGAGACUUGUUCGCGAGUCGGAUCUCAAAUUGCCAAUCCAGCCGUCUGGCAUUGACGCGGCGGAGACUGGGGGAACGGGCGUCGAAGACAUAUACCCCCAGCCCAAUGAAGUCGCCGACGAUGGCUUAAGCCAGGAAGAGUGCAUGGAAGAAGAGAUCACUCAGCUUGCUCGCCGAUUUACCUCCCAUUCUCAACACCAGCCGUCGCUCUUCCCGCUUCCAACUAAUGGCCCCCUGAACCCUGAAAGCCCCGACUUCAACCCCAGAAAAUGGGCCAAGGCCUUUUUCGCCCUACGCAGGGGUUGUGGUGACGGCGUGCCCCCUCGAACCACUGGCAUAGCCUUUCGGGACCUUAGCGUCUACGGCUUCGGAACGGCGACGGACUAUCAAAAGACGGUUGGCAACCUCGCACUUGAGGGCGUCACAGUUUUCAAGAAACUUCUGCUGCAGCAGAAGCAGCAGCGAAUCGAUAUUUUACAUAACCUCGAAGGCGUCGUACACAACGGUGAGAUGCUUGCUGUGCUUGGCCCCCCUGGUUCAGGCUGCUCGACGCUUCUGCGCACCAUCGCCGGAGACACCCAUGGGUUCCACGUCAGCGACGAUACCACCAUCAACUAUCAGGGUAUACGAGCGGAGCAAAUGAAGACUGCGUUCCGAGGCGAAGCGAUCUAUACUGCCGAGGUUGAUGCCCAUUUUCCCCACAUGACCGUGGGAGAUACCCUUUACUUCGCAGCACUCGCUCGUUGUCCCAAGACAAUUCCAGACGGCGUCUCUCGCAGCGAGUAUGCAGAGCAUCUGCGUGAGGUUACUAUGGCCAUGUUCGGAAUUUCUCACACCAAAAACACACGUGUCGGAGAUGAUUUCAUCCGAGGUGUCAGCGGUGGUGAGAGAAAGCGAGUUACGAUAUCGGAGGCCGCCCUCAGCCACUCGCCGUUGCAGUGCUGGGACAAUAGUACGCGUGGUCUCGAUAGUGCUAACGCUCUCGAGUUCUGCAAAACACUUCGGACGCAAGCUGAUAUUCUCGGCUCAACGGCUUGCGUCGCAAUUUACCAAGCAUCCCAGGACGCGUACGAGGUUUUCGAUAAAGUUAUUGUUCUAUACGAAGGUCGGCAGAUCUUCUUUGGCCGAACGGAAGAGGCGAAAGCCUAUUUCGAAGGGCUUGGGUUUAUCUGUCCAGAACGUCAGACGACAGCCGAUUUCCUCACAUCAAUGACCAGCCAUCAGGAACGCGUUUUACGACCUGGCUGCAAUACCCCGCGCAGCCCCGACGAGUUCGCCGACGCAUGGAGACAGAGUGAGCACCGACUUCGGCUCGUGAACGAGAUCGAUAACUACCUUGACCAGCAUCCUUUCAACGGCAAGCAUUACAAUAGCUUCCUGGCCUCGCGCCGGAGUGAUCAGGCAACUUCCCAGCGCGAGAGCUCUCCCUUCACUCUAUCGUAUUGGCAACAAGUGAAGCUCACUUUAUGGCGUAGCUGGGUUCUGCUUAAGAGCGAUCCGAGUAUGACUUUGACCAUGCUCGUCACCAACAUCUUCAUGGCCCUUGUCAUGUCCUCCAUCUUCUACAACAUGCCGAACGACUCCAGCAGCAUUUCAAGGCGUGGUACUCUCAUGUUUUUCAUCGUCCUGACUAAUGCCUUUGGCGGUAUGUUGGAAAUUAUGACUCUCUAUGCUAAAAGGCCUAUUGUCGAAAAGCAUAACCGAUACGCCCUAUACCAUCCGAGUGCCGAAGCCUUAGCGGCUAUGAUUGUCGAUUUACCCUACAAGACGGUUAAUUCGAUUUUGACUAACCUCGCGAUCUAUUUCAUGUGUAAUUUACGACGUGAGGUCGGGCCGUUCUUUUUCUUCUUCCUGGUCAUCUACAUCGUAACACUUACCAUGUCGAUGAUGUUCAGGCUUAUGGGUUCCCUCACGAAAACUAUUGCGCAAGCUCUAGCACCGGCCUCUGUCAUCCUACUCGUCAUCUGUCUGUACACCGGGUUCGCCAUCAGAAUCCAAUACAUGCAGGUCUGGCUAGGCUGGCUACGCUGGAUUAACCCUGUCCAGUAUGGAUUUGAGAGCCUGCUUGUGAACGAGUUCGUCGGACGCGCAUUUCGCUGCGUCGCGUUUGUGCCAGCCGGCCCCGACUAUGGAUCCGUCGAGCCCAGCCAGCGCGUCUGCACCGUCGCCGGCUCGACCCCUGGCUCGGACUCCAUUGAGGGUGCCGCGUAUAUCAAUGCUUCGUAUGGAUAUCAGAGCGCCAACAGGUGGCGCAACGUCGGUAUCAUGAUCGUCUUUGGCAUCGCCUUCAUGGUUGGACACCUGGUAGCCGCGGAGUACGUGGCUUCGGAACGAUCUAAGGGGGAGGUCUUGGUCUUCAGGCGCAAAGCGAUAAGCUCGCGGGGAAGAAAAGCUCAGGACGUCGAGAGUGGGUCGAGCAAUCGUCCAAGCGACAAGAAUCCCAACGCUGGCUAUUCCUCUGGGGACGCCGCAAACAUGGAAAGGGCUACAUCAAUAUUCCACUGGAAGGACAUCUGUUACGACAUUAAGAUUAAGGACGAGCCGCGCAGGAUUCUGGAUAACGUUGAUGGCUGGGUCAAACCCGGAACUUUGACGGCACUCAUGGGAGUUUCUGGUGCGGGUAAAACAACGCUUCUAGAUGUCUUGGCGAGCCGAGUGACCAUGGGCGUCAUCUCAGGAAGCAUGCUGGUGGACGGAAACCCUCGGGAUGCUUCGUUCCAGCGUCAAACGGGAUACGUCCAGCAGCAAGACUUACACCUACAUACUUCGACCGUUCGAGAGGCUCUAUCCUUCAGCGCCAUGCUACGGCAGUCUUCGAAAUACUCACGCCAGGAAAAGCUGGAUUACGUCGACACUGUCAUCGGUCUCCUGGAUAUGCAGCAGUAUGCCGACGCCGUGAUCGGUGUCCCUGGCGAGGGCCUUAACGUCGAACAACGCAAGAGACUCACUAUUGGGGUCGAAUUAGCUGCAAGACCUCAGCUUCUUCUUUUCCUCGACGAACCUACCUCAGGCCUCGAUAGCCAGACCUCGUGGUCAGUCUGCAACCUAAUGGAGAAGCUUACCAACAGCGGCCAGGCUAUCCUCUGCACGAUUCAUCAGCCCUCGGCUAUCCUAUUCCAGCGUUUUGAUAGGCUUCUUCUCCUCGCCCGGGGGGGUCGCACAGUUUACUUUGGUCCUAUCGGGAAGAACUCCCAGACUCUGAACGAUUACUUCGUCCGCAACGGUGGUCCUGCCUGCACACCGGAGGCCAACCCUGCAGAGCACAUGUUACAUGUGAUUGGUGCAGCUCCGGGAACACACAGCGAGAUCGAUUGGCCGGAUGUUUGGCGACGCAGCCCAGAGUACCGAGGCGUACAGGAUGAGCUCGAGAGAUUGGAAGCCGGCCGUCGCCCUAUCGAAGAAAAUCAGGACUUAUCUAAGUUUUCGGAGUUCGCUGUGCCCUUGAGUCUGCAAUAUAGGGAAGUUUGCUGGCGCGUCUUCCAGCAGUAUUGGCGCAGCCCAUCAUACCUAAUGUCCAAAGCCUUCCUAUCCUGUGGAGCUGCGCUAUUCAUUGGCUUAUCUUUUCUAAACAUUAAAAACACUCAGGACGGCCUUCAAAACCAAAUCUUUGGAGUGUUCAUCUUCCUCACAGUUUUCAGUCAGCUCGUCGACCAAAUCCUACCUAUUUUCGUUUCUCAGCGAACCAUGUACGAGGCUCGCGAGCGCCCAUCCAAGACGUACUCUUGGGUGGCCUUCCUUGGCGCGAACAUGCUCGUUGAAGCAUUUUGGAACUCACUUCUUUCAGUAUUGAGCUACAUACUAUGGUACUUCCCAAUGGGCCUUUACCAGAACGCCCGACAAACUGGCGCGGAACAUUCCCGUGGUGUGACGGUGUUCCUUUUCGUUUGGGUAUUUUUCCUCUUCUCAAGCACCUUUGCCCACCUCAUUAUUGCCGGCCUAGACAGCUUUGAGGUGGCUGGAGGCGUCGUCGGUCUCAUCACCGUUCUGAUGUUCUCUUUCUGCGGUAUCUUGGCCGGCCCCAAAGUCCUGCCUGGUUUCUGGAUCUUUAUGUACCGUGUCAACCCAUUCACAUACUUCGUCGAAGGCUUCCUGGGCACGGCGCUUGCAAAUGCAGCGGCCAUCUGCUCUGACAACGAGUACGUCUCUUUCAACGUCCCGAAAGGAAGCACCUGCGGCGAGUACAUGCAGUCAUACCUUGAGAUAGCCGGAGGCUUCGUCGAGGACCCUGAUAGUACUGGCCGGUGCCGAUUCUGUGCCAUUGCCGACACGAAUACGUUCCUUUCUGGCAUCAAUGUGGACUUUGCAAACAGGUGGCGCAAUUUUGGCUUCAUGUGGGUGUUCAUCGUCUUCAACGUGGUUGUCGCAACGGCACUAUAUUGGCUGGCUCGUGUGCCCAAAAAGUCCAAGGUAAAGAGUGAGUAA